ACUCGAUCAUCCUCCACCAUGCAUUAAUAAUCACAAACCCUAGUUAGUACACAUGGCUUCCUCUCUACGUUAUUUCCCUUCUUCUCUUCUCCUCCUCAUCGCCGCCGUAUCUCUGCUAGCAUCUCCGGCGACUUCUCAAACAUGCAAAUCUCAGACAUUCGGCACCACCACCUUCGCCAACUGUGCGGAUCUCCCCGCCCUGGGCGCCUUCCUCCACUACACCUACGACUCAUCCGCCGCUCCCUAUCCAACCCUAACCCUAGCCUUCGUCGCUCCUCCGGCGAGCCCCGACGGCUGGGUUGCGUGGGCACUCAACCCGAGGGGCUCCGGCAUGGUUGGCUCUCAAGCUCUCGUCGCCUUCAGAGAAACCAGCGGCUCCGCCGUCGUGAAGACGUACAAUAUCACCUCUUACCUUUCCAUCGCCGAGUCACCGAUCUCGUACGAGGUUCUGAGCAAGCAGGCCGAGUUUUCUGGCGGGGUUAUGACGAUAUUCGCCACUCUAAGAAUGCCGGCGACGAAGGGUGACGUGGAGCUGAACCAGGUAUGGCAGGUCGGCGCGUCGGUGAGGAAUGGUGUCCCGGCGGCGCACGCUUUCGGUGCGGAUAAUUUUAUCUCGACUGGCACUUUGCGGUUGGAAAGUACGGCGGUGGCGGCUCCGCCGAGGGCGAGUACUGGUAGCACGGCUCCACCUCCGGCGAGGAGUAACAGGAACGUGGCCCCAUCUCCGGCGAGAAGUAGCGAGAACGUGGCCCCAUCUCCGGCGAGAAGUAGCGGGAAGGUCGCCCCAUCUCCGGCGGGAAGUAGCGGGAACGUGGCCCCACCUCCGACGAGGAGUAGUGGGACUGUGCCGCCCCCACCUCUGGCGAGUAGUAGAGUGAACGCGCCGCCCCCAGCUCCGAUGAGAGAGAGCGGGAAUGAUAGUUCGUGUUCGAUGAUUUAUGGAGGUGGGUUCCGGUUGUACGGAAUUCUUGUGCUACUUGGAGUUUUUUUUAGUUUUUAGAUUGUUUUUUAAUUUUUUAGUCAUUUAAUUACUAUUUUAUAUUAGGCUUU